AUGUUUUUUUGUCCCUAUUGCGGUAACACCUUGCUGAUAGAGAAGGCAUCAGGCCGUUCAACAAGUACCGACUCGGUCUAUCGUUGGGUGUGUAAGACGUGUCCCUACGUUUGCAAUAUAAAAAGUGAAAUGCAUUUCGACAUGAAAUUAGAAAAGAAGGAGGUGGACGAUGUCAUUGGUGAUGAUGCAAAUUGGUCUGAGACUGUAGAAACGAAAUGUGGCAAGUGUGAUCAUAACAAGGCUUACUUUCAAAUGUUUCAAACUAGGUCAGCUGAUGAGCCUAUGACUCAAUUCUUCAAAUGCUGUAAAUGUGGUUAUCAAUGGAAGGAAGGAUAA